AUCACUUUUGCUCCUCCUCGUCAAAGGAAUCACAACCAGAAUAAAACUAUUUCUUAGCAGUGUAUUCUUCAGUAAAACCCUUAAACAAUUUAAAAAAUAAUCUUCCGUGGGUAAUGUCGGGAAAGUUUGGACCAACUUAUACGGUCUCACUUAAUCCGAAUAGUCUUAAUCCUAGCACUCACAAUCCAAAUGCGCAUACUCACAAUCCGAAUGAGUUGGCUGUUGAUAGUUUAAGUCCAACUGCGAUUCAAGCGAACGAACAAAAGACGAACAGUUACGAGCCAUUGGUGCCUUCCUUACUACUUCGUGCAGACAUCAAAGUUAGUGAGAAUUCCAGAAAAGUGAUCGAUUGGGCUCGGAGAGCAAGUUCGGAUGUGAUCUCGGGAAGAGAUGGUCGAUUGAUUGUGAUUAUAGGGCCCUGUUCCAUCCAUGAUCCGGCUCAAGCGCUUGAAUACGCUCGACUCUUGUUACCCUUAAUACCCACCCUUCCUGAUUUGAUAAUCAUCAUGCGUGCCUAUUUUGAGAAGCCUAGAACUUCAGUUGGUUGGAAGGGUUUAAUCAAUGAUCCAGAUAUCGAUGGCUCUUUCAAAAUCAAUAAAGGUAUACGAAUCGCUAGAAAGUUACUCUGUGAUUUAACUCAUCUGGGUUUACCUGUUGCGGUUGAGAUACUUGAUCCGAUCAGUCCUCAAUUUUUAUCAGAGUUAGUAUCCUGGGGAGCAAUUGGAGCAAGGACGACGGAAUCACAGAUCCAUCGGGAGUUAGCCUCCGGAGCAGGUCAUCCAGUAGGAUUCAAGAACGGGACGACGGGGGAUGUUUCGGUGUCCAUCGACGCCAUCAGAGCGUCUAGUUUGCCCCAUUCCUUCAUCGGUACAAAUGAUCAUGGCCUCGUCAGCAUCGUCAAAACCAACGGUAAUCCGGCGUUGUCAUUGAUCUUAAGAGGCGGUAAGAAGGGUCCUAACUUCCAUCGAGAAGCGGUCUCUGAGGCUAGAGAUGCUUUACAGAAGCAACGCUUGGGAUAUUCUCCUUCCCUCAUUAUCGAUUGCAGCCAUGGGAAUGCUCAAAAAGAUUACCGUAACCAAACCAAAGUGGUUAAGGAUGUUUGUCAACAGAUUCGAUCUGGAGAGAAAAGUAUCCAUGGAGUGAUGAUUGAGUCGAACAUUGGAGCAGGUAGACAAGACGUCCCAGUGGAAGGACGAGAGGGAUUAAAACAUGGUAUCUCGAUCACGGAUGGAUGUAUUGAUUUCGAAACAACGGUACAAGUCUUGAAAGACUUACAAAAUUCAGCCGCUGAUCGUCGUUCGCUGAACAGACGCCAGUCACUUUUUGAUGAGGUAUAUUUGAGGAGAACUAGUCUCUCUCACGAUCUCCAACAAUUUUCUAUCAAUACUGCUUCUACCAUGCAACAACAGAACCCAGCCACUCAAUAAAUCGUAAAUCAAAUGGUUUUCUUUUAAAAUCAAGUCUGCUUUCUAUUUUUACUAAUGGUCAUCUCACUUUUAACUUGUCUUACCUGCAAUGAGAGGACUGCAUAUGUAAAAUCACGGAACCGAGUGAAUGUAUUUGUAGAAUGAACUAACUUAAAUCAAGAAAUUGUAAAACAGAAUAGAUACAUUAAUAUAUGGAGCUUGAAACAAAUAGG